GUGCUGUAGAAAGUUAAUGCCGUCAUCUACAAAUUCAAAGGCAGACCAAGGAAGCACUGGCCUAUUAGUAAAGUGAAGGAGCCGUUCAGACCACACCUGAACAGUGGUUACUAAUUGAACCCCAUUUUCGUCUGUUUUGGAGAUAACAUGCCAGGAGGGGCUUUGGGCACAGCUGAGCUAGCAGCCUGCACCUGCAAACAUCAUGGGCAACAAACACUAUAUGGUCACCUGUAUACCAACUUACAUGUAAGGUCCACAGACAGAAGACACCAGGUGACUUGUCCACCUAUAGGUCCUAGAUUAUUUGGAAAACCAUUCCAUGGCAUAAACAGUUAUAUCUCACCCUAUUUUCAUUCUCAAAAUGGUUUCCAUACAAUACAUUCUGAAAACAGCCCAGUCAAACCAAGAAUUGUGACAGUGGUUAAACCUGGAAGUCAACCUCUGAAAAAGAUCACGUUACUACUUAACCGGAGGUCUGUCCAGACUUUUGAACAACUUAUUGCUGAUAUAUCAGAAGGACUUGGACUCCCAAGGUGGAAAAAUGACCGUGUCCGGAAACUUUAUAACCUGAAAGGCAAGGAAAUUCACAGUGUAUCUGACUUCUUCCAUGGGGAUGAUGCUUUUAUUGCACUGGGUAGGGAGCAACUCACACUGAAGAGCAUUGAAAUUGUUUUUAAUGAACUUUAUCCUGAUAAGUCUUUUAAACAAAACAAGGAUUAUUAUGAAAAACUAAGAUGCAAGUUUAAAGAUAAGGGGUUAAAUAUUGAUAAUCGAUAUGAAGAAACAGAGACAACCCACAAAUUAGGCAAGAUCAUGUCUUCAACAGUAGCUAACAAAACAGACAGCAAAACUGAUGGCAAGUGUAGGGCACAAGAAUCCAGAAGCACAAGAAAACAUGACAAAUUUAAGAGUGAUCACGAACACUUACCUGGAGCGAUGAAAAAACUUGAACUAUGCCAUAGUAAACCAAAUAAACUGUUGACCACAAGUUUGGAUUAUACAAUGCAUUGUGAGCAACACUGUAAAAAAUAUAAGUUCAAAAAAAGACUGAACAGUGACUUUGAUAAUGAAAUGCUAGAAGACACACCUUUGAUUGGAAGGUGUAUGAAACAGCCAAAGCAUAAAUCAGAUAAAACAAAAUCCAAGUGUAUAAGUUGCCACUGUAGAAAUAGAGAAUUGGAUAUGGAUUAUAGUGAAGUAGAGGAAAGAGUGGACAGUGACGUAGAUAUAAACCACAAUUCAAAGUGGCCUUCUUAUAGAUUUCAAAGACAGACCAAUGACAUGGAAACAAACAGCAAAUGUGACAAAGAGAGAAAAAAAUGCAAUGGUGAACAUCUCGACUGCUCAGCAAUAAAGCCCACUAGACGGCUAAUAGAAGAUUUCCUGGAAGAUUCAAAAGAGAAUGUACUAAUAAACACAGACAAAACAGUCACAGACAAUGAAUCCAAUAGUAAAAAAGAAAUCCUGACAAACACUGUUCCCGUGGCAGAAAAGGUUUUAGGUGGGAAUUCAAGUAUGGAUGAGGAUGAGGGAAUUUUCCAAAUUAGCCAAUAUUCUAUCAAGGACAGCCUGGAUAUAGAGAAAUAUUAUGAAAUUGGCAGGAGUAUUGGAGAUGGAAACUUUGCUGUUGUGAAGGAGUGUAGAGUCCGGAAAACUAAUCAAAAAUUUGCCAUGAAGAUUAUUGAUAAGGCCAAGCUUGAAGGAAAAGAAGAUAUUGUUGAGAAUGAAGUUCGAAUAAUUAAAUUGCUUUGCCAUCCUAAUAUCGUAAAACUUCUGGACGAUUUUGAGACUGAAAAUGAGAUUUACUUGAUAAUGGAGUACAUAAAAGGAGGAGACCUGUUUGAUGCAAUAACUGAAAGUAUUAAAUUUACUGAACACCAUGCAUCCCUUAUGAUGACUGAUCUGUGUGAGGCUCUUCUGUAUAUCCACAGUAAAAAUAUUGUUCAUAGAGACCUGAAGCCUGAAAAUCUACUGGUACAAAAUAAUCCUGAUGGAUCUUCUACUCUAAAGUUAGCUGAUUUUGGACUUGCUGUGUUUGUCUCAGAACCUAUAUUCACUGUGUGCGGAACUCCGACAUAUGUAGCUCCUGAAAUCCUCUCAGAAAAGGGUUAUGGCUUAGAAGUUGAUAUGUGGGCAACUGGAGUUAUCUUGUAUAUACUACUGUGCGGUUUUCCACCUUUUCGAAGUCCAGAACGCAAUCAUGAGGAAUUAUUUGAGAUCAUACAGCGUGGAGAAUAUGAAUUCCCCUCACCUUACUGGGAUAAUAUUUCAGAAGAAGCAAAAGAUUUGAUCAGCAGGUUGCUGGUGCUAAGUCCACUGAAGAGAUAUACUGCCCAACAUGUUCUGCAGCACAGCUGGGUCAGGUCACGUGGACAAAUGAAUGAUCGGAGUUUGCAGAGAGAAGUUACCAUGAAUAUUCAGCGUCAUUUCCGUAACCGAUGUCAGAAGAAGGGCACACAGAGUGACCUGUAAAAUUCAUUUUUCCUUUUUAAUUAAUUUAAGCAAACUGCAGAAUGAAACUGGCUUUAUAAAAGUAUAUGAUGGGCAAAUUUAUGAUGUUAAUUUUUGAAGCAUUGCUUGGCUGAGAAUUCCUAACAUCUCAUCCACUUUGCUGGUAUUGUACAAUGCCACGGAUCUGCCACACAAAAAUUCACAAAGGGAAGUCCAUGGAGUAUGGGCCAUUUGUGAGCAUAUCUCAGAAGACUUUUCCUGUUUUACAUUAAAAAUGCUUAUUGUACGAUAGAACAUUCGGCAACUUUUGUAACAUAUGCUGAGUUUUAGUUUUACAAACCAUUUUCAAGAUUUCUGGUUGCUGUCCUGAUCAUGUUCUACUCAAAUGCCUGCACAUCUGUCUCUAUCAUGGAGCAAAUGUUGUACCUGUGUAGUUGGAUAUGAUCAGUAGGGGUUAGUCUCCAGUCAGGGAUGUAUUAAAGGGGUUGUGGACCUUUGGGAGGGUUUUUGGCUAACCCAACUCCUGGGCAGACCUGUGAAGGGAAGCAUACUUGCCUGCUCCUCGAUGAUGGCUCCCCACUCCUUCACUCCCUGACCUCAGCUACUCCACUGGGCUCACUGGAUGUAAACUUCCUGUUUAAUGCCGCUACAGCCAAUCACUGGCCACAGCAGUGACCUGCUCUCCUUGCUUUAUGUCAAAUGUUCAUGUGACGAGGAGAGCAGGUCACCACUGCAGCCAGCAAUUGGCUGCGGCACUAUCAAACAAGAAGACUACAUCCAGGAUGCCCAGCGAAGUAGCUAGGGCUGGGGAGUGAAGGAGGGGGGAGCCAGCGCCAAUAAGCAGGUCUGCCCGGGAGAUGAGGUUUGUCAAAAAUCCCCCAAAAGUGCACAACCUCUUUAAGGUUGGUGGAAUCCAAUCCCAUUUCUGAAAACAAGACCACUCUAACCCUUAUAGGAGUCAAAUAGAAAAAAUGCAUCCUCUUCAGUAUGGUAGUCAGUGACUCCCUUUGAUUUUAGAGAGGGAGCCACAUGCAUGCAUGCCCAACUCUUUCAGCUGGAUAAGAUUAGCGACGGCCAUCAUGAAUUACAGUGAGGGCACAAUUAGAAAAUGAUGAUAGAUGGUAGAUGACA